AUGUCGUUGCUUGUUCUCGGUCUUGCUCUCGUCACUAUCGCCUAUGCUGCCCCACCAAUCGUGCCACCGGCUAAUCUGGCACCAUGUGUGGAUGGAGUGAAUAAUGUCGUUCAACUGGACGAUGUUACUGAGCCAACGCUGACAAUCCAUGCGAAAGAUGUAGUCGCUCAGACCUACGAUGCUAAGGGCAAACCAUCCUGCUAUUACUAUUACGGUCGUGCUGCAGUCUCUCUUCCUGGACAGAUCAAGCUCGUCAAAGGAACAGUCGUCGUGAGCGCUGCCAACGCCGAGAUAAAGAAGGCUGAAAUGAAACUCUCACUGAAGAAGAACUCGGUCUUCAUUGGAACUGUCUGCGAAAAUGGUGUCAACACUGUAUUCCUUGGAACUGUAUGUGAAAAUGGUGUCAACAAGAAGGCUCAAGUCCCACCCGAUGUCUGCCACCACCCCAUCUACCCAGAUAUUGGAGACAAGUUCCUUCAGAUGCUUAGCACCCCUGGCAGCUAUGACAUGGAAGUGAUUGAGAAGGAGGCUCAUCAAUCGAACAUUAUCAAUAUCCCUGGAAUCAGCAAUACUUUGAACACCUUUGUCGUGAAGGUAAGCGUUACAGCUCUCUACGAACUUCGUACAAAAGUGGUUGCCUAUGCAGAAGUGGUACUGCCUUUAUUCACCUCUUGUCAACCCUGGAAAACAACUUCUGGGUCAAAUCAGUAUUGGGGGCUGAAGGGUGAGUGGUGUACAGGCACCUGUGGAAUCUGA